AUGCAAUGUCUCACGCAGCUCACCCAAUUUUGCACGCUCGCUUCUCAAAACAAGAAGAUCAAUAGUACUCAACAAGAACAAAUCUAUCUGCUCUGGACCGAUCUCGCACGUAUUUUGGAGAAUUGUUCCUUCGAUAAAUUGGAUAAGAAUGUUGAAGUUACACUGAUGAAAUCGGUUUCGUUUUUGACCAACAUCGGCAACUCUGUACUCACAAGAAGACUGAUUUGUAGAUGUUUCAACAAAUUCUUCAACAUCAAUCCAAGCACAUUGAUUCCUUCCGGAUCAAGCAAAAUACUACAAUUGUUGGAACAACACUCAAACGCCACUCGGAACCCACAGAAAAUUAACGAAAUAGCCUGUUUGUUGGACAUACUGGGAGAAGCCUACUCGAUACAGUCCCAUCUAGUGCCGAACCUAUUCAAUCUCAUCAACAAUAAUUUAUUUUGGAAAUUAUGGAAAUUGAAUGACGAUCCUAUUAAAGAGGCUAUAUUAAUGUUAUGCGCUAAAUACGUAGCCAACUCAAAGAAGAGAGUGAAGAAUGAGUGGACAGAGUACUUGAAAUUAAUAUUAAAAGGUACUCAAGAAACAAACAAACACGUCAAAAUUGCCUGUGGAGAAUUAAUGUUAUCUAUCGCAGUCAAUUAUGCAAGACCGUCAGAUGUGAACCUAAAAGUUUUCGAUACAUCUCUGAACAUGUGUUUGAAGAGUAUGGAAGACACCGAAGAAGAAGUUCGAAAGGUUUUCAGCCAUGCUGCCGCCCAGUUGCUACUUUCUUGUAUGAGUGACACUGGCCUCCAUGAUUCUGUUGCCAAUGAAGACGGAGGCAUUACUCCAAGAUCUCAAAAGCCUUCAAAAGAAUAUACUUGUAGUUAUGCUAUCAUGAUUGCUACAGCUCCUUUUACGAGAAUAGGUCAAACAAAAGAAUUGAGAUCAGCAAUAGCGUCAUGUAUAAUUUAUUUCUUCUCGAAAUGUCCUGAGGAUGUAAUCAUAUCAAAUAUGGAUACAAUUGUGAAAAAUUUGACUGGUUUAAUUUCUAUUAGCUCCAACAAUAUCACCAACAAUGACAAGAAAUAUGCUCAAACUUAUGUCACUAAAAUGCUUAGUAUUGGUCUGAUUGACAAACUUACAGAAGCAGGAAGAAUAUCUUUAUUGAACAAUUUGGUUCAAUUAGUGAUCAAUAAUACCGUCGUCCCAAAUGAUAGUUGUUUUACUACGGUAUUAUAUUGUAUUGGUAAGCUAUGCAAAGUCUUGGGAGAGUGUGUUGCUAAAUAUAGAGACUCUAUUCUUGAUGCAAUUUUGCAAAGCUUGAAAUAUCCAAUUGAAAGUGUGAGAUAUGUUGGAUCUUUGACAAUUAAGCAACUAAUGGAAGCUCUUCCAUCACAUUCUACUGGAUUAAUAAGUGCAUUAAUGAAUAUGGUUCAAAUUGAUCAUGCAGAGUUGGCAACAGCAUCCAAAAGAGAUGAGAAUAUCAAAAACUAUGCAAAUUCACUUCAUGGACACUCUUGCGCGCUUGCUGCGUUGAUAAUGGUUUCGGCCAAACACAGUCUUACCAUUUCACAUGCUCUUUGUUCUGCAGUUUUAGAUACUGCAUCGCUUCUAGGAAAGGCUGCUCAUAAGUCAGCUGAUGACCUCUAUGUUUCUACAAAACGUCAAGAGUCAUGCUGGAUUCUAGUAUGUGCCAUUCUUUCCUUAAACGAUUAUUGGGUGAAAAAUAAUUUGGAAAAAAUCUUAGAGCUUUGGGACGAUACAAUGAGUGGAAAAUAUGAGGAACCUAUCACCUAUUCAACCAAGGAAGAAGAAAUCACUUACAGACUUAGAUCAAGAGCAUGUUGUUUGCUCUCAUUACAAAUUUUUAUUAUGAACUGCAUUCCUCUCUUAACACCUGAAAAGCUCAAUUUAAUUUUCGGAUACAUUACAGCAACAGUCGAUUUACUUUCCUCUUUACCACCAACAUUCAAACCAACCACAUCAACAGGACUUUACUCGAUUAACUUGAUCAAAAUGAAUCUUUUCAAUUUGGUUGGUAAGCUUCCAGAAAAUGUGUUAGCCUAUGUGCCUUCAACAGAUAGCAAAUUACAGCUUCCUCAACACCGACAUGUCAUCAAUUUUGUCACCAAGAUGGCUUUUGCUGAAGCCGAUGCCUCUAUUUCCGAUUCAAUUCCUAUUAGAACCUCGCUUAUUGACUCCAUGGUUGACCUGAAGGUAAAACUGGACCCUAUUGAAGAAAAGUAUACUUCUAUAUCUGUGGACAGCUUUGAUGCUUCGUGCAUUCUCUUUGACAAUAUUUCUAAUUUAUUCUACUCUGAAAGUAUUUUCCUUAAAUUGCCGUCUCUUACAGUUCGAUUGGUAGACUCAUCAAUCAGAGUUUUAGGAAAACUUUUCUUUUACCACAAACCAAACUCCAAAGCCCAAAUUAUUGAACAUUUAGUUCAACAAGUUAAAACUGCAUUAGCCAAUAACUUGAUGACACCUACAACAACCUCGCACAGAACAAGACUUGAAGAAGAUUCGGGUCCAAUAGAUUCUACUUUAUGCAUUUUUUCUAAUGUCGUUGCUACAAUUUAUUGCAUUUUAAGAAACUUGGAAACAAAGCCAGAAGAAAACAAGAAACAUAAGUUUUAUCCUCAAAUUCAUUCUGUGUUAAAUGCUGCUAUUGGAUUUUCAGAUCCAUUUGUACGUGCUGCAGCUGCAGAGUGCAUGUAUUCAUUUGGAAAAAUUAUUGGUGACAUUCUUUUAGAAGAUAUUGUUAAAAGAUGCACUCAAAAGAUUACGACAUCGAACGCAUCCUUAAAAUCUGGUUUGGCGCUAGCUCUUGGCUCUGUCAACAGAUCAGUAGGAACAUUGAAAAGUCGAGAACUUCUUCCUUCAACAGUCAGUUUCUUGAUUGCUCUAUCCAAAAUUACAGAAGAGGACGUGCAAAGGAGUGCUUUUCUUUCCCUUUAUCAUACAAUUGAUACAAACGGUGUUGCAUUUUCUCCUCAUGCAGAAACCAUUAUACAGAGUAUAUUCUCUCUUCUAUUCGACGCUCCUCAUUCAGCAGUCUCUAUUUUGACAGCAGCGUGUAAGAUUAUGCGGGGCCUUAUUGGAUUGGGGCCAGAAUUGCUGCAGCUAAAGACUCAACCAUUUGACAAAAUCUUUAACUAUUUCGUCAGUGAUUUGAUGACUAGUAUUCAAGUAGAUUCUGAACUUUUCAGUUCGGAUGCUUUGGUCAUUGAAUUUAUUCACCUUUUGCAGCGAGUAAUUGUAUUUACUCCCUAUUUGGUUGAAAACUUGGAAACUAUUGUUGCCUUUUUGAAGAAGUUAAUUCAUCUCAAGAAAGAAAGAUUAUACAUUGAAAAUAUUCAAAACGAGAUUGGCCAAUGCAUCAAAAUAAUUUGUGAUCAAAAACCAGAACUGAUUUCCAAGUAUUUCACACCAUCAGAACUCUUUGAAAUUGUUGAUGAUAUGGACUUUUCUAUUUCUCAAGCAUUAACAUAUCAGUCACUAUCUCAAAGUUCGAACGAGAAAUACGUUGCGGGUAACAAUCAAGAAAAUCACUUCAAGAAUAUUCUUUCAUCAUUGAUAUCCAGCAAAUUAAUUUCUCCAAAGCCUUGGAUUGAUUUGAUUCAUAUUGUCAUCUAUUCAGAACUGAGAACUCUUGAAAAAGAAACUAGUCAAAGCGUGAUGUUAGGUGAUACUGACGAAAAAGAUGACACACCUGUUGAAAAGAAAACAUCAGAAGUACAACCAUUGGUGUAUAGUUGGCAAACAAAGGUGUUUGCAAUGAAAUGUCUCCAGCAAGUAAUUGAAACCUAUAGUGAUGAGCUAUGGCACGUAGAUUUGUCUGUUGCAAGAAAAUAUCCCGACAAAGAUUGUCUGGUUAAUCAUCUUUCCAAAAUUAUUGACAUUUGUUGUACUGCCACUAAUAAGGGAACAGUUUCUGUUCAACACGCAGGACUUGUGUUGAUGAUUAAUAUUAACAACAUUUUUGGAAAAUAUCAAGAUCCUGAUGUUCCAUCAGAACCCCUUCUUCAACAACAUGCGCUUAGAUUUAGCACUGCCAUUAGUGAUACCAUCACCCAAAUUAAUUCUCCACUUCUUGUAUAUGCAUCUUGCCAACUCGCUUCUAUAUUUAUUCCAUCACGUAUGCUUAAAAAUCAAUCAAAAUUACUUUCUAGAAUGUGCUCCUAUUUACUCAACUAUAUAAUAGAUCCUAAAACUUUUGUCAGCUCGAGCCAAGGAGAGGUUACCACAUGUAUGAUCAGAAUUUCUGUGUUGACAUCUCUAGCUGAAAUUUAUGUUUCUGCUCAAGAAACUCAAAAUAAGGAUCUUUUGGAGAUUUUACAACCAAAUAUGAAGGAUAUAUUUAUUAACUGGUAUAAUUUACUUCAAGACUUUUCAAAUCUAACAGUCGUUGUUAAUGAUGAAGAGGAUGAUCACAUACUGAUACGAACGAGCAAUGAAUAUUAUGCUCCUAUCUAUGAACAAGCUGUUGAAAAUUUGAAUAACUUUUAUUUUGUUGAACCUGGAACUGAAAGAAAUGUUCUAUACUAUUUUAAGCAGUCAUAUGCCAGUGUUUUGAAUGCAAUUUCUGUUUCAAGAGGAAAAGAAGAUCUAGACUCUACUGCUGAUGAUAUUGACUACAAUGAUUCAUUACUUAUUGGUCUUGCCAUUUCUCAUCUCUAUGGUACUGAUAAGAAAAAUAUUGACAAAUCGAUCAGAUGUAUCAAAUCAAUUGGAGAAAUCAUUGCCACCAAACAAUUCCAAAAACAUCAUCAUGCUCCUGGAGCAGUUUUCGAAGUUUUCUUGCUACUAAUUGAAAUUCAAGGCAUUAGACAUUUGGCUCUUCAUAAUGCCUGUUUAGACCUUUUAGAAAAGAUUCUCACUAAUGUUGACAUGUCACUAUUUGUAUCCAGUGAUCAAGUAAGCACACAAGCAAUUGUUACAACUAGUACUGAAGUCUGUUUGAAACCUCUUAGACUUCAUUUCCCUUAUCUGUUCAAACAAGAUGGAGAAUUCGAGAUGGGUUCAUUUACCUUAGAAAAGGAUCAAAAAGACCUAAUUGCGAAGAGCAUGUCAUGUCUCAAGGCAAUUGUGAAGACAUUCGGUCUUUCAAUCACAGGUGCUGUGGUACCAACAUUAUUUUACACAGCAUGUAGAGUUGUACAAUUCACAAGAUCCAAUUUAGGUUUAGACACAACCACAGCCAUUAUUGAAGUCAGCGAGAAGCUUCAUUCUGAAUUAGAUGGCUCCGAUCAAAGUAUGACUACUGAAGAAAAAUUCAGUAUUUGGAGUGUUGCUAUUCAUGCAUCCAUUGAUAAUAUUAUUAGUAGAUUAUUAUUUUCUGGAAAUAUUAUUUACACUCCAGAAAUUGAGUUAUUAUUCAUUUUCCUUUCAUCCUCACUCUGUUCCAACAUUGAACUUCAUGACAAGGUUGUUAGAAAUAUUAUCAAAGCUCUCCAAAACGAAAUUAUCAAUAUUCAUGAUUCCUCUAAUGGUGACACUAAAAAGAUUUCACAAGCAGUCGACAACACGUUCAACAUUUUGUAUGGACUUCAGAAUGGCAUUCUCUAUCUUGCAAGAAGUGGUCUGGCUAAACUUGCUGUAUUUUAUUCAAUGAGUGCUGCUGUGGAAAUUGUGCUGAAUUUAUCCUCUGAGUCCAAGUUCUUGGUCGUCUCAGUUGUGGACAAUACUCAUGUGCUUGACAAGAUUGCUCCUCCUGCAAUCAACAUUUUAUUGGCUGGAUUCUCCUUACUGUCCGAGUUAAACUCUCCUCCAGCUUCUGUUCAAAGUUAUCUCUGCACCAUUGUUCCAAUGCUUGUGAAUAUGACGAAAUUCGCGCGAGACCACAACAUGAGCAAAACAUUUUCAUUGGGAGUUCAGUGUUUUGACCGAUUAACCAAGGUAGCUCCAGACCAAUUCAAAUCUCUCAUCACGGCUCAGUUGUUGCCUCCUUCAGUCAUCACUGACAUUCAGGAAUUUGCCAAGCAACAGCAGCAAUCUGUGGCAGCUGCUUCAUCGAGUAGUAGCACUGCCAAAAAACCCCGUGGUAGCAGCUUCCAAACCAAAGAAAAAGCUAACCAUGAACUUUUAAUUCAAAGAAAUUGUGAAUAA